CUAAUGGCAACCUGCCGUCACUGUCGGUCGGUGUUAGUAGGCCUGGGCAGGGCAUGGCGGAUGGAUGGUGCUGCGGAGGAGCCAAGCUGACCCCAGACAUAGGAGCGGAGUGAUUAGGUGGUGGUGGUGUGGUAGCAUCAUGGGACAGGACAAGCCUGCGUCUCGACCCCCCUUGGGUUCGAGAUCCGGAGAUCGAUCGUGGUCAACCGCCCAUUCUCUGACUCUAGUUUCCCGCCUCCAGAAUCAUGGGUACCGACAGUAAUAGCUAUAAGACGACGAUGAACGAGAGUUGCGCCGCCAAUCGCGGUCGCUGAUAAGCCGAGCCACCUAGCAUACAGCGAAUGCAUCAGCUCGCCGUUUCAUCGCGCUUACGCAGCAGCCUGCGUGCAGUCUCCUCGUUUCACCCCGUGAAAGCCGACGGAAAUGGACGAUCGCUUGUCGCGUACUCGCGUCCGACCGCGACGCGAUCUCGUCGAUGCCUCACCGCCCUUGCGUCCUCGCAUCCCUCGCAUCCGUCGCUUCCCGCGUUCGCUGUCGACUUCACAGACACUGCCAGUGGGCCUUAGGCCGCUAUUCGCUCAGCCACACCCCAAGGCCUAUAAAGAUCCAUGGCGCCCUCCCAUCGACAUCACAAAUCCGUCGAUCUGCUUGAAUUCUUCUCUAGUAAUUCCCAUCAGCCGUGUGUCAGAGUUGGUCCAAUCAUGGCGACGACGAAGGUCCUUGCGGUCCUGAUUCUGGUUCUUCUGGCCACCUCUUGUGCGCUUGCUGCUCCUGGUGGUAACGGCAAGGGGAAAGGCGGAAACGGCGGCGGGAAAGGAAACGGGAAGGGCGGGAGCGGAAGCGGAAGCGGAAAGGUAAGCGGAAAUGGUGGCGGCAUUCUGGGCGCGCUGACUGGCGGCAACUUCACGGGCGGAUGGGGUCAAGGCGGCAUUCUCUCGGGGCUCACCAGCCUCUUCGGCAACGGCAGCACUCCUGACGACCUGGGAGGAAUCUUUGGGCGGAAGGGGGGGAACGGGAAGGGCAAGGGGAAUGGCAAGGGGAAGGGUAAGGGGAACGGGAAGGGGAAUGGCAAGAACAGCACAGAGACAGGCGCUGCAGCUGUGGCGACGACUAGCAGUGCGAGUGAGACAAUGAUGGGGAUGAUGGGGGUAGGCAACGGCAAGGGGCAGGGCAACGGCAAGGGACAGGGGCAGGGGAAGGGGCAGGGCAAGGGGAAGGGGAGGGGGAACGGGUGGGGUAAGUGGGGAAAGAGUGCGGGUGGCGUGUUGGCGCGGCUGAGGGGCAGCAGCGUGGUGGAUGAUGCGAUGGCAGCCACUGGCGAUGGCAACGCCACUGGCGUCCUCGAAAUCACCCUCCUCCAGAACAGCACGGACUACAACGUGACCUUCACGGCACGCAUCUCCCUUUCUGGUCCCGGCUCGCCCACCGCGCUCACUCUCAACAGCGGCACCGCGGCCACCAACGGCCCGCCUCUCCUCGACUUCUCCACCGCCACCGCCGCUGACGGCGCAUCCCUCCCUGCCUGGACCACUGUCGCCUCCCCCUCCCCUGGCAGUGGCCCCAUGGGGCGCGCGUGGGGCCGCCUGCAGCGCGCGUUGGGGCGGUCUGGGCGCACGGCAGGGCUGCACACUUUUACUCUCACGGGCGUGUGGGCGGGCGCCGGUACCACUGCUGCGGCUGACGGCGUGCAGACGGUGAAAGACGUGGCGCUGGCCGUUGUCGCACAGCCCAGUGCGUUCUAUGCUGUGGUCGCCUCGCCUGGAUUCGACUCAGGCGCCGCCAGGGGGCAGUUCCAGAAGGCGCCUAAGGGCUGGGCGUUUGGGCUGAGGAACUAAGGUGUGGAGGCGAUGGGAGGGGUGGCAGGAGGAGUGGCAGGAGGGGGUGGUAGGAGGGUAAACGGUGCUGAUGGUGAUGGAGGUGUGAUGUGGGUUUUUUUCAGGGUAUGUGGCAGAGGGGCACACGAAUUACUGGGGAUGAUGAAUGCCUGCGAGAUGCUGUGUGAAAUGGCAGGCAGGUAUGAGGGCGAUGGUGGUGCAGUGUAGUUCAGCUUUCAAAAGAGCCUGUUGUUGGAGGGCCUUUCCCUGACAUGAUGGGGGAUGAUGGUGUGGCUGCAUGGCAGUGACAGGUGCAGGUAGAACUACUAGGGCAGGCUCUCGAACAACAGGUCUCCUCUCCAGGUCUCUAGGCAAGUGCGGGGAGGACAUGUGUUUUGUGCUCUCCUGUGCUUGGCUGUUAUAUGAUUUCCACUCAUGAAAGGCUGAUUUU